AUGACCGUUUUUCUUGAAAAGCACUUGGUAGUGAUUUUCGAAACAUCAUUUAAAGGCAGCCGGCAGAAGCACUAUGAUGAUUUACCCCUUUACAUUUUUAAUUUAUUCACCUUUAGCGCGCUUUGGUGUUACCUUACUGAUAUAGAGAAUUUUUGGAAUUUCGUACCUGAAAAAUGUUUUAGCAAAUUCAUCGUCGCAAUUACGCUCAAAUUUCCAGAUGAUCAACUUGAUCAAUUUGAAAUGACAAUAAGGGAAAUGGAAUAA